AAGCAUGUUAGUGAUUAUCUCCCCUUGUUACUAAAUUCAGAAGCGAAAUGCAAGAUCAAUUUGAGCGCCGUAUUAGACAAUUUUUCUAGUUAUUAGCCACAAAAGCACAAAAAGGGGAGCCACACACUAUUUAUAACUGUUUCACAGACAUAAUCUACAAUCAUGUGGCAAGAAGCCAGAAAACAAGAAAAGAAGAUUAGGGGUUUGAUGGUGGAUUAUAAGAAAAGAGCAGAAAGAAGACGAGAAUUUUACGAGAAAAUUAAACUAGAUCCUGCACAGUUUGUAAGAGCAUAUGGUCGACCAUGUAAGAUUAAUUUAGAUCCAGCAGUAGCAUAUGCCGCAGAGAGUCCCCAGAGCAUGAUGCCUUGGCAAGGUCAAGAAGAUAAUAUGAUUGACAGAUUUGAUGUACGAGCCCAUCUUGACUAUAUGCCACAGACCAAGAUAGUAGCCCCUCCAACAUUGAGUAAGAGAGAGGAAGAAGAAGAAAGAUCUAUUAACUAUGAACGUUACAGAAUUAUUGUAGAAAAUGAAUGCGCUGGAUUGACAGAAGAACAAGCUUUAUAUCAGAUCUAUGUUGAUGAACAGUUUGGGAACGUUGACAAAUCCAAAGAUGAAGAAAAGAAAAAACUGGAGGGAAAGAAAGCUGCUAUAGCGUUUGUAUAUGAAGACAGUACGCCUAUUCUCAAAGAUGAGGAUGACAGUGAAAGCAGUGACACAGACGUAGAAGAUGUUGAUUUAGAUAUAACACUUGAUGUUGACACACUAAACAAUGAACAGAAAAGAUUACUCAAUGAAUGUGCUCAGCAGUAUGGAAUGAAAGAUGAAGAUUUUGUCAGCAUGUUACAAAGAGACAAAGAGGAAGCUGAGGCUAUGAAACUAGCCAGGAUCUUAGAGGAGGAAAAGGCACAGUUUGCUGGAAGGAAAUCAAGAAGAGAAAGAAGAGCAUAUAAAGAAAAAAGACUUGCAGGGAGGAAGCUAAGUCCACCAAGCUAUGCUGCCAGAGAUAGUCCUAAAUAUGAACCUUAUCAAAGGUCAUCAUCAUCGUCCAAAUCAAGGUCAAGAUCCCCAGAGAGAAAAGACAAGAUGUUGUUUAUAACAAGUUUUGGAGGUGACAGUGAAGAAGACAGAACUGUUCAGGGGCCAUCACUCCCUAAUACUCAUAAGAUAGAUAAAUGGGAUAAAAAAGCUAAAAAGAAAAAAGACAAGAAAAAGUAUAGGAGGUCACGAUCUCGGUCACCAUCUUCAAGAUCAAGGUCACGUGAUCAGAGAGAAAGGGAAAAGGUGAAAAAAUCCACAGUAAGAUCCAGAAAAGAAAAAGAAAAACAUAAAAGAAGUUAUAGUCAUUCCUCAAGUCAUAGUUCAUAUUCCAGCAAGUCAUCUCGUAAUUCAAGUUCACGAUCUAGAUCACUGUCAAGGUCAAGAUCAAGAUCCAGAAGUAGAUCAUAUUCUUCAAGGUCAUCGUCAUAUGAUUCUAAGUCAAGGUCGCGGUCGCCACAGAAGCCAGUAGUAGCGCCGCCUAUAAAACGCUACAGAAGAGAAAGUUUAUCAUCUAAGUCAAGUGAUUCUGAAAGUGAUCACCGAACAUCAUACCGCGGCAGAAGAGAUGAUAAACAUGACAGGCAUGACAGAGGUGACAGAGGUGACAGGAAUGAUCGGAAUGACAAGAAUAAUGAUAGGAAUUCUGGUCAAAGGUCAAAAAGUGAGACCAAGUUACCUGGUAAAAGUACAUCUUUAAACCUUCAAGCAAAAGUAACUCCACAAGAGAAAUUGAAAAGGAAGAUGCAGGCUGCCCUCAACAGAUCAUUCAAAGCAGACAAAAAGGCUGAAGUGGAAAGAACCAUAAAAUCUGAACAAGAAAGACUUGACAGAGAGGAAGAACUUAGAAUUAGAGCUCUUGAGAUGAGACGGAGAGAAAGAGAGAAAAGACAUCGAGAUAGAGGAGAUAGUAGCAGUGAUGACAGUCGAAGUCGAAGCAGGAGUCCUGAUAGUGUAUCAUCACCAGCUGGAUCUGGUCCAAAGAGGAGGAAAAGGUCACAAUCUAGGUCAAGGUCAAGAGAAAGAACAAGUCGAUUUACAGAUCACAGAUAAAUCUUUAUUUAAUUUAUUAGACAAAAUGAUAUUCAUUUUUUUAUUGAUAAUAAAAUAAAUAUUUAUAAAUGAAAUGUUGAAAUGACAUUGAUCAUGGUGUGAGUGUUCAUUGUAAAAAUCACCAGAUUUAGCCAAAAUAUCUGACAAUAAUGUGUAAUCUAUUUUGACCAUAUUUGUUUUCCAUUGUUAUGACAUUAAAAUGAACUUGUUACAAUC